CACCAGAUUUUUGAAACGGCAACAGAACCAGGCCCAAACUUAUGAAUACCCACGUGCUCCAUUCCGCCGCCGCUGCUCACGCGCGUGCACGCAGCACGUUUCCCGUUCAAGAUGGCAGCCACCAUGAAGAAAGGAGUGGCAGCUGAAGAUGUCAAUGUAACAUUUGAGGACCAGCAAAAGAUCAACAAGUUUGCCAGGAAUACAAAUCGGAUGUCUGAACUUAAAGAUGAAAUUGAAGCCAAAAAGAAAUCCUUACAGAAUCUAGAAGAUGCCAGCGAUGACCUCAUGAUGUGUGAGGACGAUGCAAUGCUGAUCCCGUAUCAGAUCGGAGACGUGUUCAUCAGUCACUCUCAAGAAGAGACACAGGAAAUGCUGGAGGCAGCAAAGGAAGCCCUGCAGGAUGAGAUCAAAGCGCUGGAGGGUCGUGUUACAUCUAUACAGGAGGUCCUUGGAGAUUUGAAGGUUCAAUUAUAUGCCAAGUUUGGAAACAACAUCAAUCUAGAGGCAGAUGAGAGCUGAGACCUUAAGCAUGUGGACUUGACCUUAUAGACUGUCAGUCUCCAACAGGAUAUAGCAUUUCUACUCUGACAACAAGUUCUCGCCCUGUUUACUCCAGUGAUGUUUGUUGCAUUUCACAUGUCCUUGUGUGUAGUGAAUUAUUUGAGCUGUUGCAUACAGGUGGAUUUGGGGCCGGCUGGAUGAAGCUUCCAGUAAGAGGAAAUAAGAGGCACUGAUGUUAAAAUAAAAAAGCAAAAUAUUUA